GGGAGGCUGCAGCCAUCCUUGGAGAAGAUGCUGGCACUGGAGAACCUGCAGGCUGGUGGGUCAGGGGUGCCCCGGGAUGCCAAGGAACAGCCCCCCGGCUGCCGCCUCUGACCUCCCUGAGCCCAUGGAGCUAAAAAUUCCCGGAAGAACUCCCCCCUGACGCCUCCCCAUGGGUGAGUCCAACGUGACCCCAUUUGAGGUCGAGGGCCCCACGAAUGCCUCGACGGGCAGGAACGCCUCCGCCAGGGACGUGCGGGAGGAACUGCCCGCCGUGCUCUGGGUCAUUAUGAGCGUCUCCCCGCUGGGCUUCGUGGAAAACGGGGUUCUCCUCUGGUUCCUCUGCUUCCGGAUGCGAAGGAACCCCUUCACAGUCUACAUCACCCACCUGUCCAUCGCGGACAUCUCCCUGCUGUUCUGCAUCUUCAUCCUGACCGUCGACUACGCCUUAGGUUACGAGCUCUUAUCGGGCUACUACUACACCAUCGUCACCUUGUCCGUGACAUUCCUGUUUGGCUACAACACGGGCCUCUAUCUGCUGACGGCCAUCAGCGUGGAGCGGUGCCUGUCCGUAAUGUACCCCAUCUGGUACCGAUGCCAUCGCCCCAAGCACCAGUCGGCGCUCGUCUGCGCCCUCCUGUGGGCGCUGUCCUGCCUGGUGACCGCCAUGGAAUACGCCCUGUGCAUCGACAGCGAGAGGCAGAGCUACUCCCAAAGCCACUGCCGGGCGGUCAUCAUCUUCAUCGCCGUCCUGAGCUUCCUGGUCUUCACGCCCCUCAUGGUGCUGUCCAGCGCCGUCCUGGUGGUCAAGAUCCGCAGGAACACCUGGGCGCCCCACUCCUCCAAGCUGUACCUGGUCAUCGCGGUCACCAUCGCCAUCUUCCUCACCUUCGCCGUGCCCAUGCGCGUCCUCUACCUGCUGUUCUACGAGUACUGGUCCACGUUUGGGAGCCUCCACGACGUCUCCAUCCUCUUCUCCACCAUCAACAGCAGCGCCAACCCUUUCAUUUACUUCUUCGUGGGCAGCAGCCGGAAGAAGCGGUUCAAGGAGUCCUUAAAGGUGGUGCUGACCAGGGCUUUCAAGGACGAAACGCAGUUCCGGCGCCAGGAAGACAGCAGCAAUCUCAACACCACCGAGACAGUCGUCUGAGCCCAGGCAGUGGGGCGCAGGGUGUGUGUCUCUGUGCUCGACGCACAACGGAAGUAGCUCCUGACCAUGAUACGGAAGGACACCUGCCCCCAGGAAUGAGAUGCUAAUUGACCAUGAGACUGGACUCCUGGACGGUGUCUUCUGCAAAUGCCUACACAUGAACCUCAGUCCCUUCUGUCCCAAUCAAAAUCCCUUUCGGUCCCUCCUCCACUCUUCCCAGGGACCACGCAGGUCACUCCAGCAGGAGGUGUGCAGGGGUGCGCAGGGGUGUGC